AGACGAUCCAAAGGCGCUUUUAAUAUUGACCUCUCAGAUCUCCAGGGAAACAACUUGGCAGUUAUUUCAGCAGGAAGCGCGCAAGCCCAUACCUUGGGAUUCGACAAUAUAUAAUGAGGGGCAAAAGAGAGCAAAACCUCCGCGGUUCUUGCUUGCACUGGUCAAGAACGGCUCCCUCAGGACACACCCGCAUAACAAAAUUCCUCCUUUGCUACCUCCAUUGGCUUCGCUCUCCACGCCAUGUCUGCUUCCGUUCCUGCUUCCGUCUCGUCUUCCCGAAGCCUCAAGAUAGGCAUCGUCGGCUUCGGCACUUUCUCGCAGUUCCUGGCUAAGACCAUGAUCAAACAGGGCCACUCCCUCAGAGCGACUUCGAGGACUGACUAUUCUCAGCUAUGCGCGGAUAUGGGAAUCGCGUUUUUCAGCGAUGUGGCUGCGUUUCUCGGAGCAGAUAAUGAUGUGAUAAUGAUAUGCACGUCGAUCUUAUCUCUCUCCCAAGUCCUGAGGUCGAUGCCGUUCACUGCACUGAAGCAGCCGGCGCUGUUCGUUGAUGUACUGUCUGUCAAAGAGUAUGCAAGAGACACUCUCUUACAAGUACUUCCAGAAGAUUCAGAUGUGCUGUGCACUCACCCGAUGUUUGGGCCAGAGAGUGGUAAACACGGGUGGAGAGAUCUUAACUUCAUGUACGAGAGAGUUCGAGUGAGGGACGAGGAAACAUGCUCAAGCUUCCUCAAGAUUUUCGAAAUCGAGGGAUGUAGGAUGCUUGAAAUGUCUUGCACAGAGCAUGAUGAGCUGGCCGCUAAGAGUCAAUUCAUCACCCACACUAUUGGGAGAUUCUUGUCAGAAAUGGACAUCGAAUCAACACCGAUAGAUACAAAGGGUUUCGAAGCACUUGUUCAACUGAGGAAGAACACAGAGAGCAAUAGUUUUGAUCUGUUCAGUGGGUUGUACAUCCACAACAGGUUUGCAAAGCAAGAGCUAAAGAACCUAGAGUUUGCCUUUGAGAAGUUGAAACACAAGCUGCUGAAGAGGAAUGAUGAGGAACAGGAGGUAAACCAGUAGUGCUAGUGCUAGCAUGAUGAGGAACAGCUGCUGAUAAAUUUCUUUAACUACAAAUUCACUCCUUACCAGAACAGUUUCUUAGCUGUAGAGACUGUAAACAAGGUGCCCCUCAAUUCACUCCAGAGAGAUACUAUACUGAGAGAUAUAUUGUCAGAUUUCUAUUUCUGGAGAAGUACAAGCUCUACACUAUUUUCAGUACCGUACAUUCUAGGACUGGUGUCAAAACUGUGUUACGUGUACAGGUGCAAUCUUGCAUUAUCCUCAUAUGUGAUGAAUAUUUGAAAGACUAAGACUUGGCAAUUUA